AUGCUACAUGCGACUAAUUGGAUAUCUGGAUAUACAUUGGAAAGUGUUGAGCUACACAAGGUCGCUGUAGAUAAACUAUGCGAUGCUGUCGAGGAAAACAUUGUUCACACUUCUGAAUUUGUCCAAGUAGUGGACGAUAUCUCACAGGAUAUGCUUACUGUACAAAGACUCUCUCAACAAAUUGCAGAUAUUCGUGGAUCGUUAGAUUGGCUAGAAGAAACUGCAUUAUCCAUUUCAGGAACUACACAUAGUAGCAGUGGAGGAAACAUGUUUACCGAUGCAUUUGCAGCAGCUUCAAAGAAUACCAUCAGAAUCAGAACUAGCAGAUUUUCCAAAUAA